AUGGGCUUCGGCAUGGCCACCAAUCUCGUCAAACGCUCCCUUGUCGUAACGGGUUUCGAUGUCUAUCCCCCAACACUAACACGUUUCGUGGCCGAGGGCGGCUCCUCUGCUCCAACACCGCGCGAAACGGUACAAGGCGCAAAACAUGUAGUCUUCAUGGUAGCAACAGCAGCCCAAAUCCUCUCCGCAUUAUUCGACGAGGAGACCGGCGCCAUUCACACACUUGUUCCGGACGCGACCCUGAUUCUCUGCUCCACGGGCCCACCAGAAUACACACCAAACGUGCGGAAGCUGCUCGAUGAGAAAUAUGCCCGGAAAGACGUCAAGGUUGUAGAUGCGCCCGUAUCUGGAGGGACAAUCCGCGCUGCGGAUGGCACACUCACCAUUCUUGCUUCGGGCCCGGAGGAUGCGCUAGCUGCGGCGAGGCCGAUUCUCGAUGUUAUGGCAGGGAGCAAUCUUUAUAUCAUUCCGGGGGGACUAGGUGCGGGCACCAAGGUCAAGAUGGUGCAUCAGGUGCUAGCGGGCAUUCAUCUUCUGAUGGCCAGUGAGGCUAUGGGUUUUGCUGCUGCGCUGGGCCUGGAUACGAAGAAGGUUUUUGAGCUGGUGAAGGCGAGCGAAGGGACCAGUUGGAUGUUUGAAAAUAGAACACCGCACAUGCUGGUAGACGAUAAGAGGAUAUACUCUGCGUUGAAUAUUAUAGUAAAGGAUAUUGCAAUCGUCACAGCAGGAGGCCGUAGCGCCGAAUUCCCCCUUUUCCUCGCCUCAACCACAGAACAGGUCCUCGCAUCCGGCGUAAGCGCCGGCUACGGCCUCGAAGACGAUGCCAAACUUGUCAAAGUCUACCUUCCACAAAACCCCUCUCUGGUUCUCACACAAGCUUCAUCCGCGGCAUCGUCAGAAAUCGACGCGGCUAAGUUGAAACUAAUCGUCCAGAUGAUGUCUGCAGUCCACUUGGUCUCGACCAUGGAAGCCAUGUCUCUGGGUGCUAAAGUCGGGCUCGACGCGCAACAGCUCUUCGAGAUUAUCUCUACGGCGGCGGGCACCAGCUGGAUGUUCAAGGAUCGGGCACCUCAACUUCUGAGCGGGAACUGGACCUCGAAGAAGACUGUCGAUGAUGUUAUCGCCGAGUUGACCGAAUCCAUUGAAGCCGCCAAUCUCCUAAAAUACCCACUCCACCUCUCAGGCACCGCUUUCCAGCUGCUGCAGCUCGCGUCACUAAAAGGUCUUGGGAAACAGCCUGACGUGGCGGUUUCCAAGUUAUGGGAGGGUCCCGAGGGUCGGUUGUUUAGGUCAAAAGCGUAA